AUGUCCACGGAGACCGCGAGCGGCCCCACCGAGGACCAGGUGGAGAUCCUCGAGUACAACUUUAACAAGGUUAACAAGCACCCGGACGCCACCACGCUGUGCCUUAUCGCGGCCGAGGCCGGCCUUUCUGAGGAGGAGACAUUGAAAUGGUUCAAACAACGCCUGGCCCAAUGGCGGCGAUCAGAAGGCCUGCCUUCAGAGUGCAGAUCCGUCACAGACUAA